GAGAAAUAUGGUAAUUUUUCCGAUCAGAUGAGAAAAGCAAGAUGGUCGUCAAUACAGUGAAGUUUCAGGUGCAAUAAACUAAGCUUGUUAUGGAAGACUUCGACCCAAAACGGUGUUUUUCGACGACUUUUAGAAUGACGGUAGUGAAAUCGGAUUUAAAGUAACUGAAGGAAGUCCCUACAUGGAUGUUAUUGGAGAAAGUGAAGCGAUUCAGCAAAUUUUUAAUCAAGGAUUUGAUUUGGAUCAACUUGAAAAUCUACUAGCAGAACCAGAUGCAAGCUUAUUACUGUCAGAUUUAAACAACGAUGGGACGCUCAAGGCCCCCUCCCUGGCUGGGGGAGGGGGCAGUAUCGUUGGAGGCCAGAAAGUGAUCUUCAACAACAGAUCUCAGCUAGAGCAGAUCGGUGGCUUGAUGAACUUUGACAAUCUUGGAUUUGCGGAUGAGGAAAAUAUUCUUGGCUCUGGACUCUCUGUCCCCAUCAGCCACCUGCCAGACUCUCCACCGGACUCCGGCUCAGAACCGUACUCGCCCCCUGACACCAAGCAAAACUCACACCUUGCUUACCAACUAGGCCUCAACCAGGGCAUGGCACAUCAACCAACCAAUCACAACUCAGUCUCAACAGAGCUCCCCCUGCCAAACAGAACCUUGCUCUCGGGCGGCGUUGGUCACCAGCGCCAGCACUCUCUACCGGUAUCCAUCCCCAUGGUGACGAGCAUCCACACCCCUGCUUCCCUAUCCCAGCCCACUGUGGUGCCAGUUGCAUCGGUACCACAGAGCAAUGUACCAGUACCACCAGUAGUAGUGGUACAGCAGUCAGUGGCACCGUGCAACCAGGCUCAGGUACCGAGCUCUGUUGGGAUAUCUUCGGUGUCGGCCAAUGUGCCACCACAGACUGUACCCCAGCAGUUCAUGAACUUUCUUGCAAACUCGAAUGUUGCACCACCAACGAGUCUGUCCCAGGUUCCGAUGACUGAGACCAUCAAUACCGCCCUCACAAGGAAAGAAAGUUUUAUUGGACAUGUGCCUAAGAAGAGGAAACAUUCCCUGUCUCCCAACAACACGGUCAAUCAGAACAUGCUGAAUAAACUUAUGCAAGUCAAGCAGGAACCAGUUGAUGAAAUAUCAUGCCCUCACACAAUAGAUGGUGACUACAAUGUCAAUUCAAACAUGGGUGGUGAAUAUGGAUUGUAUGACCAGCCAGCCGGUGAUGGCUUGCCUUACACAGACACCAUCUACCAAUGUUUGAAAUGGCAGCCAUACCAAUCCAACAAGUGGAACAAACUACUGGAUGCCAACGGACAGGAAAUACCUAUCAUAAACUACAAAGUGGAGGCUGAUAAAGGCUUUAACUUCUCAGUGUCAGACGAUUCCUUUGUUUGUCAAAAGAAGAACCACUUCCAGGUAACUGGUCAUCUCUGUGUCAACGGCAUUCCCCAGAUGGUUCAGACCGAGUCUGGUACCAAGACUAUUGACAGUAUCUGCAUUCAUAUUAAUGGGAUCAAGGUGGAAGCGAUGAAUUCUUAUAUCAGAGUUGAACAGAGCCAGGCUGAUCGAAGCAAGAAGCCAUUCCAACCUGCAAAACUUGAAAUCCAUCCAGAGAAUGUUGUUAAGGUCACGAUAGGUCGUCUCCACUUCAGCGAGACCACAUCAAAUAACAUGAGGAAGAAAGGCAAGCCCAAUCCCGACCAGAGGUAUUUCAUGCUAGUAGUCUCAAUCCAGGCUCACUGCGGACAUGAGCAAUAUGUAGUAGCAUCACAGGUCUCCGAGAGGAUCAUUGUUAGGGCCUCGAAUCCGGGACAGUUUGAGAGUGACACUGAUGUUAUCUGGCAGAAGGGAUCAAACCAGGACACUAUUUUCCAUUCAGGUAAAGUUGGAAUAAACACAGAGAGACCCGACGAGGCGUUGGUCGUCCAUGGCAACUUGAAGGUCACAGGUCACGUGAUGCAGCCUUCCGAUAAGAGAGCUAAAGAAGACUUCCAAGAGCUGGAUCCAAGAGAACAGCUCCAGAACAUCAACAAGAUGCGCGUGAUGCGCUACAAGUACAUCCCGCAGUUCGCCGAGCAGGCCGGCCUACCCGAGUGCGACCAGGUGGAGACGGGGGUCAUCGCUCAGGAGGUGAUGGACAUCCUUCCGGACGCUGUCCAUAAGACCGGGACGGUCAGCCUACCUAAUGGGGCCAAGAUCGAGCACUUCCUGGUGGUCAACAAGGACAGGAUUUAUAUGGAGAACGUAGGAGCGGUCAAGGAGCUGGUCAGACUGACCGAUAACCUGGAGACCAGGAUUGAUGAACUGGAGAAGAUGAAUCAGAAGCUGGCAAAGCUGAAGAGGGUGGAUAGUCUGAAGUCAAACACCAGUGUCGGCACGCUGAGCCGAGAUGGCAGCAAGAAGUCGGCCGGGGGUAAGGACAAGUCCCGUCACAACCGGAAUGGGAGCGUCAACAGUAAGAAGGGCAAAGGUCAAUCGGACAUCACUCCCUGUCUCUCUCCGCGUUCCAUGCAGCUUCUUAUAGUAGCCCUCAUUCUUAUCAUGCUCUUCUGUUUUGCUGCGAUUGCCACUCUCUACAUUCUGGAGACGAAUGAUGAUGCAGUCAGCAUGCUAUCUUCUGCUCCAUCAAUGACCAACAUGACCACCCUAGGUCCCAAGACAUCCACAAUCCGCACCACUACACCACAGACACAGAAAGAACCUACUCCAGUUCCAGUGUAUUGCUGCAACGUUAAGACCGAUAUGACUUCCAUUCUACCCCCUCUCAUAGCGAAUAUAGCAGCUCUCAACUCAACGUUCCAUCCUCAGGCUUCGCCCACUCUGCCCCCUCAGGGUGUGCCCCUCAGUUCUACCACCACCACCACCAUCCAGCCUGGGACCGACAGAGAACCCGCACCCCCUGCGGUGGACGUACCCGACGCCAUGCCUCAGAACGGAAGCUCCGGGGGGAUAGGCUCCGUCAACAUGCAGAAUAGGAAGAGAAGGUCGACGCUACGUCGGAAGAAGAGGAUGACGAGCAUGGGAGUUGAGGUGAAUUUCAUCCAAGUUGACCGAGAAAAGACAAUCUGCCCAGAACACUGUACGUCAGAGACAAACUGUGGAGAAACCUGCAUUUCUACUGCAAAUGGGAACUUCACCUAUGAAGUAGCCGUACCAGCCCAUUUGCCAGUAAGGUUCCUGGAGCUGUAUUUGAAUACGAGUGAAGAAUCUGUGAUGGUUCUCUGUUCCUGGACCGGUUCUUCUCUCUGCUCAGAGCCGAUUGAAUCAUUGGAAACUUCACAACCAUUCAAACACACAAUUGGUUUUGCUCACUUGUGGCAGCUACCUGUUGGUGCCUAUCAGAACAGUGCCUAUGUUUUUAGGAUCAUGCCUGCUACCGAUCAGGAUCCAAACACAGUCUGCAGACUGGAGAAUGAAUAUGUUGGAGAUGAUUACCUAGAAUACUGGUUCCGUUUCACAAGGGAUCUGUCGCUGUGCCCUUCAUAGAUCAGCUCGACAACAUCAGAUUCAAUCAACCAUUUGCAUGUGAAAAUUUUAAAAUGGAAUAUCACAUUAUUGAUAAUUUAAAGCAAUAUAGGCGUCAGCGUUCAUUGGACAGGGAUGCCUUAUCAGACUAAAGUCUGCAUCAGAGUUUUCUUCAUAUUUUUGGCUGUGGGAAAAUAUCUUUUCAUGGAGAAAAGGGGUAAUUCUUAAUGAUUUGCAGACUUUUUUUUCUUCAAAUUAUCAAGCCUAAGUGGUAUUUCUUAUGGGGAAUGGAUUUUUAUUUGCUGACCCCUGAUUUUGUGAAAAGCACUGGAAACACCUGUAAUAUAGAUUUCUGAGGGGGGAGAGCAAACUUGAUGUACCAGCGAGAAGUCCUUUGUCUAAGCUUGGCUUAGCCUCUGGCAAACAUCACGUUAGAAUUGUGAGAUAAUGAGUUUUUUAUCAUAAGGCAAUUUCCAGUGACAUUACAUAUUACAGGGGGCCGUUUCAUGUAGCUGUUUGUAAGUUAAGAGUGACUUUAAGAACGACUUGUGAUCCUUUCUUGUGGUAAAUGAUAUUCACCAUUAAAUUUUCAUUGAUAAUUAUUCAGCGAGAAAGAAAGGUUCACCAAUCGUUCUUAAAGACGCUCGUAACUUGCAAACAGUUUUAUGAAAAACCCACCAAGCUGCGCAUAAGUUAAGAGCGACUCUAAGAACGACUGGUGAUCCUUCCUUAUGGUAAAUGGUAUAUUCAUUGGCGAUGAUUUAGCUCGUAAGAAAGGUUCACCAAUCGUUCUUAAAGACGCUCGUAACUGACAAACAGCUUUAUGAAACACCCACCCGGUCAUAAAUCUCUAUCACACUUGUGCGUGAUUGGCAUCUUAAUGGUUUCACAUUCCCCAUACAAACUGAUGUACAUGCUAAGUAAAUACCUUGUGACCUUUGUCCCUGGACCCGCCUCAUUUCAAGUUUGGUGCUGCUCUGCCGGUGUAAAAGUUGGCCCAACGCCAACACCAAAAGGUUAACACCGAACUUGAAAUCACCCUGAGGCUACGGUCAAGGAAUGUCUUGGCGAAAAAGCUUGUUAGUUGUGUCCUCAAGAGCUUUCAAAUACAUAAUUCUGGUUUCACUAAUUGCAAUCCUCUCCUCCCACCCCACCCCACUCUCCCUCCCCCCCCCCCAAUCAAGGCAAGCGACCUACAGAGGGAUGGUCAGUCUGCCAUAAAAAAAAAUUCAUACAAAUAUUCAUGGAAGAAUAUAUUUUUACACAAACAGGUCAAUAAGCAAAUUGAUGAUAUUUUGCAUUUAUGAUGAAAUUCUGAUCGCCUAUGUAAAUAUGUAUAUAAAUAUUAUGCAUACCAUAUUCAAAUACUUGGUGAAUAUUUUUAGACACAAUUAUUAGAACUCUCUCAAUGCAGUACUUAUGUAUUUGAUUCUUCAGGAUUUUAUUAUAGAAUAAAUAAUUUUACAAAUAUGUAUUUUCAUGAAAAAAAGAAAGCUAUAUCUCUUUUUGGUGUUUGUGGUCAAUGACAAUCUUGAAUUAGUUUGGGUUGAUUAUAGGGCCAGAAUGAUAGGAUAAUACAUGUAUGUAUUUGAAAACAAAUGAAUACUCUUUGAUUUGGUAAAGCAAAUUAUUUCACCAUUUUGUCAUCAUGCACAAUACCAUAUUCAGCAGUGUCAGAUUUUGCUAUUCUGAAUAGUUAUCUCAUAUAUACAUAUAUAGUCCGGUUGAAAAAACAUGCAUAUACAGGGAUAUUUCUUUUGAAAGAUACAAGAAGAGAACACCAGGGCCCCGUCUUACAAAGAGUUACGAUUGAUCCAAUCAAUCGUACUUCUAUGGAAAUCCAUUAGUGUCAUCUUUUUUUCUACAGGAAAUUUGCAAAAUGUCCUUUGUAAACAAAGGAAAACACACCAAAUUGUCAAGAAAUCAAUGACUUUAUGGAUAUACAUUCAUAUCUAGAACAAACAUGCAUUUCAUAGGUUGACUUUGCUGGCUUUCCAUAGUUGCGAUUGAUCGGAUCAAUCGCAACUCUUUGUAAGACGGGCCCCACAAUUACUUGAUCGUUAUACUUUUAUGUACAAGUGCCUGGUGUAGCUAUCCCGUACAUUUGAGGCAGCACUGCAUGAAGUUCAAAGUAUAUUCCUCGAUUUAUCUUAUCCAUAAUUUCUUUUAGUUUUGUAGGCUCUCCUAGGGAGGUCAUUCCACUGGAUGAUUACUUAAAUAUUGCAUAUUCAUGACUCAAAACAAUUCCAUUUAUCAUAACAGUACUAAUGUUAUUGGCAUGUCAAGUACUUAAUUGUGUUUUGUACUACCGGGUCCUAUCAUACAAAGAGUUGUGAUUGAUCCAAUCAACCUCAAAUAUUUGAAAAUCCGUCAAUGUCAUAAUUUUUCCUACAGGAGAUUUGCACAAAUUCUUUGUAAACAAAGAGGAAGCCCACUAAAUUGUCAAGACAAUGAUGAAUGUAUGAAUAUACAUUAUAAUCUAGAAAACAUUUUAAACAAUCAUGCAUUGUUUAUGUUGGCAUUGCUUGAUUUUCAUAGUUGUGGUUGAUGGGGUCAAUUUGCAAAUCUUUGGAAGAUGAGGCCCUGGUUUCAAUUAACAUAUGAUGGAAAUAGGGGAAUGGAGAAAUCAUCUCAUAUGUCAGGACAUGAAACUCAUCUUCUCUAAGAAAAGAAGAGAUGUUCUGAAGAUUAUAUGGAGCUUGAGAAUUAAACACAUUCCACUUCAAAUAAAUGUCUUUCAAUUCGUACAAAUUAUCAAAUUUUUAAAUUAAAAGUAUAUGGCCAAUUCUGUCAAUUUUCUAGAAUUUCUAAGUUUUAUGAGAAUCAAAUUAAUUUGGAUCCUGUCAGUGUUUUCUCAAUAUUUUCAGUCAAAUAAACAAGACAAAAAAAGGGAAAAAGAAAACAAAAAUCUUGUUAAUCCAGAAGAAAUUUGUCACUUUCAUAUUUCUAAAAUUGGAAGUGAAAUUUAGAUAUGGCAACAAGAAAAUUUUUUGACGCUCAAAUUGGCAAAAUAUGUGUACUUAUAGAAUGUGUGAUUUUUAUACUGUUUUUAAUGAUUACACGGAUGAAUAUUUUAUCAUAAAUUUUAAUGUAUAUAUUGAAUAUUUUGCUACACCUUUAUAUACACUCAUUAUAGCCGCAGGAGUGAAUAGUUUGUACCGGUUACCACAUGUGCAUUUAGUUUCAUGCUAUAUCCAUUAUACAAUGACAGAAAGUGAUAUAUUUUGUGGAUGUAUAUUGUACUUGUAAGUUUGGAUAUAUUUCAUUGACUCUAUGAAAAUUCAGAUAUGUUCUAUCUUUUAUUUCCAAGUAUCUUUUCACUUGUACGACCAUGAUUAACGAAAGUGAAAUUUGAACCCAGCAAUGAGAUAAUACUUGAAGAAUAAUGAAUAAUAGAAAUGAAUAAAAAUAUUGUGAAUAAAACAAAUAAUGCACAGCUGUACAUUUGUGAUGUUAGUGGCAUUACAGCUAAAUCUUAUGCUUGCACAAGGUAAUACAAAAGUACCUGCUGCAAGCGCAUUUUCACAAUAAAUACCAUUGUAAAAAAUGCCACUGACAUACACACUUUGAAAAUUAUGUCAUCAAAGACACUUUACAGUACCAUGAAAAAUCUUGUCCCAAAACUUCAUAACUAAUCUAUUUUUCGAAGGAUGAUUAUGUUCAAGACAGGAACUUCAAUCACAUUCUGAAAUUGAAAUACAAAAUAUUACAUAUGUAUAUUUCUUGCAAAGCAACACAUAAUUUUGAAUGAAGCACAAUAUUUUGUAUGUAGUCCAAUUUCAUUUCACAUGUUUAUCAAAUUUGUAUGUAUGUACUAUCCUCACUCUUCAUAUAUGUAAAUAAGAAAAUAGAUAACAAAGUGAUUUUUUUUCUAGAUUGAUGAAAUCGUGAAUUAUAUUAUUAGAAAUUGUCUGGUAGAAAUAUCUUAAAGACUUUAAAAUUGAAAUAAAAUCAGUACUGAGUAAUCAUGUGGAUGAAAAAAGAUUGAUUAGUUGACAAAUAAUUUAGAAAUUGUAAAGCAACAAGCAUAGGCUUGUGCAUGUAGUGUCUUUAUAAAGGGGUAUACCAGACUUGAAAAUAAAAUGAUUUAAUAGAUAGAGUAAAAUUAGAUUAACAAAAACACUGGAAAUUUCAUUAAAAAUGGAUGGAAAAACAAAGUUAUGACAUUUUAAAAUUAUGAUAGCAUGCAUUUAAUGUUUUCACAAAAUAUUACAAAAUUUGAUAAUUGAAUAUCUUAUUUUAAUCAGAAUAUGACAAAACUCUUAGCUUUAUGCCUAUUUAAUUUUUCUCUAUUUAUUAAUUUAUUAUAAUGUUCAGCCUGGAAUACCGCUACCUACAUGUACAUGUAUAAGAUGGGAUAUUCUGAGGUGAAUAACUGUAAUUGUUAUGAUUUGAUUAAUUAAGCUAGAUGUGACUGUUUUCUUAAUUAUGUUGUAAAUGUAUUGCUGAAAAAAGAGAUUUGUUAGAAGUAUUCAACCUUAGUAGAAAUUUAUUUGCAAAUGCUCGCAAGACUUUCAAUUGCAUGUACAUGUAGUCCUAAAAUUGGCUUGCAAGUAGUUGCAAGUCUCUUAUUAUUCUAGUACUGCCGUAGAAUAGAUUUUUUGCUAUAGUUUUUGCAUAGUAUCGGAUGGGCACACUUGUACGAGGGGCAAAUUCAGAUUUAAGUCAAUUUGAAUACAAGAAAAUGAAUUUGGUGCAAGUUUGGAAUAAAGUCCAAAUCAGUUGUAAAUUUGAGACACUUGAAGUGUUGUCAAUAUUAGAAAUAAGUUACACCUGCUUUCAUUAAAAGAUUUUUUGAUGUGAUAGCUGAAA